UCAAAAUGGGUCGUCGUCCAGCUCGCUGCUACAGAUACCAGAAGAACAAGGCUUACCCCAAGUCUCGUUUCUGCCGUGGUGUCCCUGACCCCAAGAUCCGCAUCUACGAUUUGGGUCGUAAGAAGGCCGGUGUCGACGAGUUCCCUCUCUGCGUCCACUUGCUGUGCGACGAGAAGCAGCAGAUCACGUCCGAGGCUCUCGAGGCUGGUCGUAUUUGUGCCAACAAGUACAUCUCCAAGAACUCUGGAAAGGACUCCUUCCAUAUGCGCGUUCGCCUCCACCCCUUCCACGUCCUGCGUAUCAACAAGAUGUUGUCCUGCGCCGGUGCUGAUCGUCUUCAGACCGGUAUGCGUGGUGCCUACGGUAAGCCCAUGGGUACCGCUGCCCGUGUCGACAUUGGUCAGGUUAUCUUCUCGAUCCGUACCAAGGAUAACAACAAGGCCAUCGUCAUUGAGUCUCUCCGCCGUGCCAAGUUCAAGUUCGCCGGUCGCCAGAAGAUCAUCGUCUCCAAGAAGUGGGGCUUCACCAAGCUCUCUCGCGAGGACUACGUCACUGAGCGUGCUGCCGGCCGUCUCCAGCCCGAUGGCUGCUACGUCAAGUACCUCAACGAGAAGGGUCCCCUCUCCAGCUAUUUUGAGAAGACUCUCCGCGCCCAGGCUUAAGCUUGUCUAGUACUUGAAGACGCAAAAUACAACAUCUUUUUUUUCAAUCAGAUAUAAAUACUUCCAUUACACCAUACUCCAUUAAUAUCUCGAUAGAAUGGAAUGAGCAGCUAUCAAGGUCAUUAUGGGUCUUUGAAUUCAAUAGGCUUCAAUGACCUCACCAUGACCCUCGUACUUCCCUCCUCCCCGCACCAGAUGGGAUCAUUUGCCU